AUGAAUGGUCUCAGCCGUCACCAUGACCUCUGUCGCGGCGUCACCAUUAUAGACAUCCACCUAUCUACCCGGAUACAGCUUUCAAAUUCGGAACGAGCUCCUGACCAAGUACCAGUUAAUCCCAGAGUUCUGGAACACCGUGUUCGUGUGCACCGAAAGAUCACCGUACCUGGAUCGAUGAAUGUUGGUCCUCCGAGACAGACUUGA